AUAUCUUAAACAUCACUGCUGGGACAUUGCUUUAAUAUAACGGGAUUGUGUAAAACAAGCCCCGACUGAAGACGGACGACGGACACACACCGGCAACAUGACGUCAGCGCAGCUUCAAUACAUCCACAAUGAGUUGGGAGAAGAGACUCUGUCACCAGCGUUUGUCAAGCACUUGGAACACUAUUACGACCGGGCACCUGUCGCGGAUAAAGCCAGGUGUUUAGAGCUGAUCACUUCUAUCAAACUCGGAGAGGAGGUGAAGAGGUCACAGGUUCGCCGGCCCAAAACAGCAAUGCCUGCUUUAGGGGGACCCGAAGGUAUGGAGGAUAUACUAAGUCCCUACAAAACUACCUACAAGCGGGAGUACAUCAAACGGAGGGACCCGGAGGUCCGAGCGCUCAGACCCAUGACGUCCCAGGCUUACACCAACGCCUACAGCCUCAGUGGCCCCGUGGGGAACACCACCUACCACAUGGAGUACAACGCCAAGUCGGAGCUGCAGCAAGAGCCAGUCAGAAGCGGGUCAGCUUCCGGUAAUCGGAAAAACAACCCACACCCUUCAAAUGCAUUCAUGGUCUGGAGGUUCCCUUCCAACAAAAAUCCUGUACCGGAUGUGACUCCAUGGGCAGAGGAAGUGACGAACGAGAAGCUGAACCAGGUUCACAAGAGACUUUGUUCCUCCACAUACCAGACCGACUACCUCGGUAUACCGCAAGGUUUUCAGGUACGAAGCGCAUACAACCUUCCGGGAGACUGGCGGGAAAAUAUACCAUACACACUAGACUCCGUACAGCGGUACUCCUACCAAGGCGCUGCCCCGCAGAAUGAGCUCCGCGUUCCAACAACGAGAUACGGAAGUAACAAAAAGAAGCAGCUCGCGGCCAACGGCGGAAUUCCAACGGCGAACCAGUACUUGAACAGCAUCAAGUCACGAACUACGUACGACCGCCACUACAACGAGAACGCCGGCCCGGUCGUACGUCAGAUCCGAGAUGUCGGGAAGAGGUUGGGCGCAGAGACGCUCCGAAAAUAUUACGAGAGAUCUUCAGGUGAAGACAGGGAACUGGUUGGCAGGCUGAUCGAUGCCUACCAGGAACCAACCAGUCACAGGCCACCGAAACCUUCAUCACGCGCAUGCUCACGGCCAGUGGUUCCGGCCAGCACUUCCGUCACAAAUUUCUGCACAGCACCUAUGCCAACACCACCCCCGGGAGCACCUGGGCCUCGUGUGUUGUCUUCGUAGUCACAUGGCCGAGUUACACGUGUUUCUGAUUGUUGCAUCUGUAUGCUUUUGUUGUGUUUAAAGACACGUUGUCUCCUUAUAUGAACGUUUCACUCAUUGUUGAUCUGUUGGGUGUUGUUGCGUCCGGUGCUUACCUUACAGGGUGUUCGUCGAGGUAAUCAUGGAAUCUAUUCUUUCACAGUUCUAGUUUAAUUAUGUUUGUAUGUGUGUAAAACACGUUUUGAACCGAACUAGAAGGCCGGGUUGGCUGAAUGAUGAAUAGUUUAAAUAUUAACCACUUUUUGAAGUUCUAAGUUACAAGAAUAAACGUGUGAGUGAGAAAGAAAUUUAUUUCAAGUUUCAACAAAGUUCCGUCAGAACCAGUAUCAAGGAAAGUUAACAGGCACAGCCAAUGAACAGUACUUUUCCGUUGAACAGGAAAUUCACACUUUCAUAUCUUACUUCUACAUAACAAAAUGGUAUAACUCACAAGAUAGAAACUUUCAUUAGACAUUCGAACAACUUUGACUUUGUUUCACUACUCAGUGGAAGCGUGCUGCAGGAGAGGCGCUUGUAUCACACAGUGUUUAGAUCGCUUUUUAAUCUUGUAGAUUAUUUUACGCGAAUUAUGAAUGUGAUAUUUUUACAGGACACAGAUUUAUUUAUCAGUUAAUGGAUAUAGUGAAUGUUUAUCAAAGUUAAAUGAUCAUGUAAUAACCAUGACUAAUAUAUCAUAUUUCAGCACUCAUUGGUUGUUAAUAUUUGAUAAUAAUCUUAUGUAUUUGCGGAAAUAUUAUGUGUUUAGCGUCCAUUGACUUUAUUCUGUAAACAUAUACAACACGGCAUAAAAUUUAUUGGAAAAUUAUUUUCAUCUCAUGCACUU